UUUUUAUAAUUGAUUCAUCUCUUUUUUUUUCCCCUCCAGACAUUGCUAUUCUACCAGAAAAUGACUCCUCUCAAAGAAACUGUGGACAUGUGGUCUCACUUUCACACAUUUGGAAUUCUUUGGAAAAUCAUCAACAGCAAAACCCAGGAAUGGAGGAAACAUUUUUAAAGAUCUUAAGACAUUUUAAUGAUUCUCAAAGAUUAUUCUACUCUCUUUUAACUCGUUCACCAAUCAUAGUCAUUUCAACACCUCAUCAACUUCAAGAUGCUACAAAUUUUGUUUCUGCUCUAUGCAUUUUUGUGCCAAGAAGAAAAGGAGAAACUGUAUUUGUUGACGUGAAUAGACAUGAACCUUUGACUGAAGAAGAUAUGAACACUCAUGCCAUUUUAAAUGUUUGCAUUGAUGGAAGUCACAUAGCUGAAGAUGUAGUUCCUCUUGAAUUAAUGUCAAAAAUCUGCAUUUUAAAUUUGAAGGAUUGCUCUUUAACAGCACCAACCUAUACGGGUCGCCUUUUAGCUGAUAUAGAUCAACGCCUUCGAAUUCUUUCUCCUAAUAGUGCUUUAUUUCCGGUUAUAAUCGGAAUGUUAUCUGAAAUAGAAUUUACACUUGGUUGGUGGCAUUUAAUGACCUCAUCAGCAGUUGAUGCAUCAGAAGCUUCCAUUUAUGUUUUAUCAAAAGGUUAUACUCGCUCGGACAUGCAAAUUAUUGAGAAACUUUACAAGUUGUGGAAAAAAUGAAAGAAUGCCUACCUUUUCAUGCUGCAUUUUAAC